UACACAUCCUCUAAACUUAACGAAACUCACAGAAUCCAAAAAAUCGACGAUUAUGGCGACCGUUCCUCUUUCCACCGCCACCACUGACAGGAACACGAACAACCAUCAGCAAGAGAAACGACACCGUUCUAUAUUCGACCUCCCACCACAAUUCUUCGAUUCCUGCCGCGUCCUCUCAUCUCUACACUCUUCUAUAGCUUCAAUCUCCGAGUCCCUCGAUAACACCAAAAUCUCCGCCGCCGCCGCCGAAACUAUAGAAGACCCUAUAAAGGACGAGAAUGCCUCCCAAAACGUCGCCGUAGUAGUACCUAGAUUGACCUGCAAUACCUGCAAGGCUGAGUUCGAGUCCCUCCAAGACCAGCGCUCGCACUUCAAGUCCGACAUUCACAGAUUCAAUGUGAAGCUUAGCGUUGCUGGAAAGAAAAUUGUGAGGGAGGAAGACUUUGAUGAGUUGACAUCUGACUCUUUCAAAGAGUAUGAUGUAUCAAGUAUAUCUGGAUCGGAGGAUGAAGCUGAGAAGGGAGUUGGCCCCAACAGUGAUUUGCACAAGGGGGCAAAUGAAAACUUUAAGCAAAAGCUAUCUAUCCAGCUUAAUACGAGAGAGAGAGUUUCGGUUUGGAAGAGUUUACUUAUGAAUGAAUCUGAAAAUAUUUCUUAUGAAAGUGAUAUAGGAGAAGAUAUUGGUGGGUACAUGCCAUGCUUAAGAGAGAACGAAGUGAUUGAGAGACUGAAAAGUUUGAUUCAUGAACCGAGGGAUAAUACCCAUUUGAGAAUUGUGUUGCUUGCAAGCGGUGGGCACUUUGCUGGCUGCGUCUUUGAUGGUAAUAAGGUCGUUGCUCACAAAACAUUCCACAGAUAUGUUGUAAGGGCCAAAUCUGGAAAGAAACAAUCAUCAAAAGAUGCUAGUGGCAAGAGUGUGCAUUCUGCUGGGGCUUCUCUUCGUCGAUAUAACGAACUUGCUUUGAAGAAGGAUAUUCAAGAAUUACUUGCUGCUUGGAAGCCUUAUUUUGAUGCUUCCUCUUGCGUUUUCAUUUAUGCUCCAUCAAACAACCGUCAACUUCUCUUUAAUGGGGUAAACCCAUAUUUUAGCCAUCAGCAUUGCGUUGUUCGAAAUGUUGCAUUGACUGUUAGGAGGCCUACCUUAAAGGAAGCCAAGCGUUUAUAUAAUCAAUUGACACAAGUUGUCAAUGAAUUAGAUGAGAAGGAACCGAACAUCAAAGAGGACUCAGGUUCAAGUAUGAGUAUGAUAAAUAAUGGCAGCCCAGGCUCCAGCAAAGAAGACGUGGGUAACAACUUGGGUGCUGGGGAUAAUGCUGAUGUUUGUUCAAGUUACAAAAAAUCUGAUGAACUAUCUAGAUCAAGUGAGAGUGAGAUCGAACUUCUAGGUAGAUCAACUCCUCUGCAUGAAGCAGCACAAUCUGGCGAUGUUCAUAAGGUUUUGGAACUCCUAGAACAGGGUCUUGAUCCUUGCUGCAAGGAUGAAAGAGGACGCACCCCGUAUAUGCUGGCAAGUGAGAAGGAAGUCAGGAAUGCUUUUAGAAGGUUUAUGGCCUCAAACCUUGAUAAGUGGGAUUGGGAUGUUGCUAAAGUGCCUAGUGCAUUGACAAAAGAAAUGGAGGAAUCUCAAGCUGCUAAGCAGGCAGAAAAAGAUGCAAAGAGGAAAGCAAGAGCAAAAGAAUUGAAGAAAUUACGUAAAGCAAAAGAAAAGAAGGUUCAGGCUCAGGCUGCCCUAACUCAAAAUACUUCAAAAACUGCGGAGAAUCAAGGGUCUACUUCAACUUCUAGUCUCAAAAAUUCCCAACCUAGCAGUGGUUCACAGAUCUCAAAAGAGGAGGAACUGAAAAGGGCACUGGCCACUGAGAGGGAAAAGAGAGCAGCUGCUGCUGAGAGGAGAAUAGCCGCAGCUGCAGCCCUCAAUGAUCAAGGUAGAAGUGCCCCAAUUGUACCAAGCACUUCACUACCGAAAAGUGGGUUAGCUGGUGACAUUAACUGCUCCUGUUGUAAUACUUCGUUGGCUGGUAUAGUUCCUUUUCAUAGAUAUAACUACAAGUACUGCAGCACCUCAUGCAUGCACGUACACAGGGAGAUCCUUGAGGAUGAAUAAUAUAUAGCUUCUAUUACAGAGAGAUCCUUGAGGAUGAAUAACAUAUAGCUUCUAUUACGUGUAAUCUUGUCUCAUUCUUUGUGUAAAGCAGUUGAAGAUGCAAAAACAGCUUAUAUGUUUGUAGGAAGAAAAUUUUCGUGUUAGAAUUCUUUUAUCCUUUCCGCAGGUUCUUUUUUCUUAAAGAAUCCAGUGCCACCCUGCCAAUGACCUCAAUAAGUAAGGACUAUAUUUAGCAUCUGCAGUGAAAGCCACAUAUUGAAUAUAACAUGUAAAUGGAAUUCUGAUCAUGAUGAGAGCUUGAAAUUGAUGUAACCGAUUUCCUUUACCAGCCUUUUCUGGUGGAAGCUUGCUUUUGA